UUUUAAUAUGGUCACAGUCUCACAGACACACAUUUUAUUUGACUUAACCUUGGACCUAUAAAUAAACACAUCUCACCUCACCUCACCUCACCUACCAAGAAAGCCAGCCAGCACACACUCUCACUCUCUCACUACUCCACUCUGCCACCGCUCAGCGGCAAGCCGGCAAUGGCGGAUGGGCGAGGUGGCGUCGGCGGCCAGCCGCCGUCGUCGGUGGCGGCGGCGGCGGUGGUGGCGCGGCGGUGCGGCUGCGGUCUGGGCAGGCUGGUGCGGCGCCUCCGGCGUCAGGCGGCGCUGUGCGCGGCGCGUCCGGCGCCGGCGUCGAGCCGGCUCCGCGGUGGCCGGUGCCAGUACGACCCGCUCAGCUACGCGCGCAACUUCGACCGCGGCGGCGUCGACGUCGCCGGCGGGCUGGACGACGACUCCGACGCCGCGCAGCUCUACUACAGCUACACCUUCUCCUCCCGCUUCGUCCUCCCCGCCGCCGCCGCCGCCGCCGCUCGCGCCCACCCGAGCAGCCUCGCCGCCGGCCGCACUGCUCCAGCCACGGCCACCCAUUAGAUUUUUCUUUUCGCUUUUUCUUGAUGAUUUUGAGCUUCUUCUUUUGUUUCUUCUCGAUCGCCAUGCAUCUCCCAGCCAUGGCUGCAAAUGAGAUGAGAUCGAAGGGAAGGAUGAAAUUGUGAAUAUUGGAAGAGAAAUAAUAGCACGACAUCGAUCGAUCUAUCUAUCUCCUGCAAGCGAAGAUCCGUUCAUUUGUCGGAUGGAUGUGUACUGUACAGAUGUGAUUAAGAUUAAUUAAUUGCGAUCGUGCACCGAUCUUGGGGAA